AUGUGGUUUGUACUUCUGGCCAUUUAUAUUUUCGAAAUUUUAUGUAUUUUUACAUUUGUGGUAUACUGCGUCGUCACCUUCCUAAUGUUAAUGUAUAAUGCUCAACCGGAGGAAUUGAAAAAAUGCAUUCGCGAGAACGUGGAUUCUAAAUUGGGAGUAUUAACGGAAAAAGAACGGGCGGUGAGCGUUCAGGCUUUGAGACGAUCACAUUGCGAAAUAAAGAAUGCAGAAAAGGUUUUAACGGACAUAGAAAAUAAAACGUCGAACUGUAGGGAUCGAUAUUCGUCUCUGACAACAGAGUUGAAGAAGGAUGUCCGGAAGAUCGAGGAAGAGGUAAAGACAUUGCAAAACCAAAUUUCGACUUUGUCAGUUCGAAGGGAAGCUCUUAAGAGCGAAGUGAUAAAGCAACAAGAAGAUUAUCAGACGACGUUGAACAAUUUCACCAGGGAAUUAGAAAGCAAAAAGGCAUUGUUCUCUCCGAGUACUGAAAAACCAAGAAAUCCUCGCUAUUGUUUCUCAUAUUAA